CCGAAGGGGUGUCUCCACGCUGCCCGUGGAGAGGAGCGAGAGCACGGCUACACUUGCACGCCGACACUCACUCGAGUCGGUGGCCUUCGUAGAUGUGAAGGUGGUUGUAGAGGUUGCUGAAGAAUUUGAAAACGAAGACUUCCUCCCGCCUGCCAGUAUGGAGGAAGAAGCUAGACGUCGAAGCUGAUCACAAUGGCGCAACGAGGGUUCACACCAGUCCCCUCCGUUGCCACCAUGGCGGCCCUGCUGUUGCUCGCAUUCCUAACGUCGGCUAUGCAUGGACAAGCCGGAGAUAGAAGCGGGUACGGUCAAGAUCUCGGGUUUCAAGUACAAAGGUGAUGGCUGCCCACAAGGGUCUGCGGAGGGGGCAGUAUCGGAUGACGGAGAAGUGAUCACUGUGAUGUUCAGCAAUUACACUGCGUCGACAGACGCUGAUGGCUUCUGCCAUCGGUGUCCGAGGUGCACGGUGGCGGUCGAACUGAGUUAUCCGCCAGGUUUCCGCUUCCACUUGGGGACGGUCACUAUGCGCGGAUACGCCAGGCUGGACGAGGGCGUGAGCGGGACCGCAAAGACCAGUUACUAUAUCUCCGGGCUACCAGGGACAGCUCUAGCCAAGCGCGUCAUCACCGGCCCUUUCGAUGAUAACUUCGAGUUCACGGACCAGUUCGGUGCGGUAGUGUACAGCAAGUGGAACGUCGUCGGAGACCUCAACCUCAAGUCCGACGUGUUACUGAAAGCUGGGAAACCAGGGAAAAGCGGCCUCGUGACCGUGGACUCUCAGGAUCUCAGGCUAACGCAGGAGUUCGCCAUCAUCUGGGAGUCGUGCUAAGCUCCGGGCGGCGAUCCAACAUCCUCAGCUUGCCAGCUUGCCAGGGGCUAAGUUUGGCCAUUAUAGGCCAUAUUCACACG